AUGGCCAAGUUAUUCCGAGCUGCUAUCAUGGGUCCUCCAGGAUCAGGGAAAGGAACGAUAUCCAAGAGGAUUGCGCAAAGCUUUGGCCUGCAAUAUCUGUCCAGUGGCCACUAUUUACGAGAGAGCAUAGCAGCAAAUACAGAGGCAGGUGUGUUAGUGAAGACCCACGUAGAGAGAGGCAUGCUGGUGCCUGACCAUGUGAUGACCAGACUGAUGCUGCCCAGACUGGAACAACUGAACAGCCACAGUUGGCUUUUGGAUGGUUUUCCACGGACACUCUCACAGGCCCUGGCCCUAAACAAUUUGUAUCAGCUUGACUUGGUCAUCAGCCUCAACAUCCCUUAUGAGACUUUGAGGGAGAGACUGAGUGACCGUUGGAUUCACCCAGGCAGUGGCAGAGUCUACAACAUGGGCUUCAACCCACCACAAGUGCAGAGUAAGGAUGACAUCACUGGGGAGCCACUGAUUCAGCAUGAUGAUGACAAGCCAGAAGCCCUGAUGGCCAGACUGAGACACUACAAAGAUGUGGCCAAGCCUGUCAUAGACUUGUACAAGUCACAAGGAAUCCUGCAUUCAUUUUCUGGUACAGAAACAGAUCGGAUUUGGCCUUAUAUCAAUUCUCUUCUCAGCACCAAGAUGCACACACAGCCGUUAGAUGCCUGCCAAUCUCAGACACCCUGACACGACUCAGAAUGAAAAGACCACAGGGAAACAUCUAGAGAGAGAAAGUGAUGAUGGGUAAUGUUCCUACAUGCUGGACUUGGCUAUUAGAUUCCUCAUUAACAGCAGGAUUUAGAGAAAUGGACAAGGACACUGAAACGUAGUCAUCCACUUUGUUUUGGAUAUCAUAAAAUGCUUUUUUACUUUUAUUUGAAGAGCUUUAUGAUUGUGUUGAUUUCUGCAUUACCAUAGUAACGUGUUAGGAUCCUAGUAGCAAAUAGCAAAACUGAUCAUCUUGGUGAAUCAUGAUUAUUACAGAAGCAGUCAACGAUUCUUUACAAAUUUGGAUGUUUAUUUGCGGCUGUCUGUAACAUACACUGAAUAUAAACCACAGCUCCUUCAAGAGAGGUGUGGCAAAACCAAAGGUUAAAAGCAAAAAGCAAAAAAUUAUAUAUUAUAGAGAACGAAAUAUUCCCUUCACAGUACAGCUCUCCAGUACUAAGAUUUCAUUCAUUAUGAACCAGUGACAGAGGGGUAUGUUAGCACCAAAAAGUCUCUCAGAGAACCAGUUUUUAAAUAUUUGGCUUUAUCAGCUUGGUGUUUCUAGAAUAUAUUCAUUACAAUUUGCACUAUAUAAACUGCUAUUCUUUACUUUUUGUGCUGGAAUGCUGCAGAAUGCUAUGCAGUCUUUCUUAGACUGGUACAAGCAGCCUUCACAGUCACUCUGUGGCUGCGAUGAAGGCCGAUGCACAUAAUAUAGAGUGCCUAUAAAGUUGUAACAUUCCUUUAAAUAUAGAUGUGGUUGCCUUGAAAUUUUGAACUUCAAAAUGCCAGAGAUUGUUGUUUAUAUGAUGUAAUGUUACAUAUAAGUGAGACCAUUUUUCAGGUUGUUUGAAUGUAUAAAUCAUUGUUGCAGGAUGAACAACUUGUUUAAUUUCAUUGUUUUAAAGAAAUUUUUUUUCUAAAUAUGGUCAAUUAAAGAUAAAAGAUUGUCAACCAAUAGAAACAAAAUGUGACUUUGCAUUUCACACUCACUAGUGACCAACCUGUGCAAUAAAGACCAACAAAUACGUUUUAAUUGUAUUUUCCAGCUCUUUUAAUACUGGCCAAGUACAAUUCAGAAGUUUUUUUUAGCACCUUUAUUCAUUAUGAAGAAACAGACACUAAUUGCCCAUAACUAACACACCACAUCAAGUACAACAUUACCAAUGUUUCUAAUCUAAUUUGUGGUAUCAAGUUUUUCUUCUUUUGGUGGGUUAUUUGUUUUCUAGAUACUAGGGAUAGAGAUACUAGUUUUACAAACUGAACCUUUGAAACAAUUUUGAGUUGACUUGGCUAUCACAGACGUGAAGAUAGGGACACCAAAUAUACCAAAAAGAAGCACCAUGACUGUUUCAAACAUUCAUAUUUCUGUUACAGAAACUUAGAUAAGAUGUCUAUGUAUGCAAAAUGUCAGCAAAUUGUUCAUGCUCUUGAUGGAAGUAUGAAGUUGAAGUUACAGGUGAUUUACACUUUGUUUUUGUAGUGAAGUGCAGAAUGAUCCCUGAAUGCCCAGACUUUGUUGUUGAAUUAAUGGGUGUGUGAUGUGAAUGUGACCACACCUCCCUGCUGAUUUUUUUGUAUAUACAAUGCUGUCCAAACGUGUUACAUUCCAAGAAGAAUAAAACAUUUUUCAUCAUG